AUCUAACACUCUCAAUACUAUCCACACGCCGCCACUCUCUCCUUCUGUCAAUUCUCUCUCUCUCUCUCUCUCUCUCCCUCUCAGAAAAUGGCUUCGGCUACUUCACUGUUUUACUCUUCUCUCACUCCUAAACCCAAACUGGUUUACCAAAACCCCGUACCCAAACACCGCCCUUCACUACUUAUUGUAUCCAGCGCCACCAACGACAACAACUCGGCUCCGCCGACGGCUUUGAAAAAGCGCCGCCCCGCCGACGAGAACAUCAGGGAGGAGGCGCGGCGGCACCGACUUGUUGACGGCGGAUCCCCCUCUGAGUUCAGCGCCAAGUACGUCCCGUUCGGCGCGGGGAAGUACUCGGCCGAGUCGUACUCGCUCGACGAGAUCGUGUACCGAAGCAACUCCGGCGGGCUCCUCGACGUCCAGCACGACAUGGACGCGCUGAAGAGGUACGACGGCGCGUACUGGAGGUCGCUGUUCGACUCGCGCGUGGGGAAAACCACGUGGCCGUACGGCUCCGGCGUGUGGAGCAAGAAGGAGUGGGUACUACCGGAGAUCGACCCGGACGACAUCGUUUCGGCCUUCGAAGGAAACUCCAACCUCUUCUGGGCCGAGCGUUUCGGCAAAGAGUUCUUGAACAUGAACGAACUUUGGGUUAAGCACUGUGGAAUCAGCCACACCGGUAGCUUCAAAGACUUAGGCAUGACCGUCUUGGUCAGCCAAGUGAACCGCCUCCGCAAACUCAAUCGACCGGUCGUCGGAGUCGGCUGCGCUUCCACCGGCGACACGUCGGCAGCUCUAUCGGCGUACUGCGCCUCCGCCGGAAUUCCCUCCAUAGUCUUCCUCCCGGCGAACAAAAUCUCCAUCGCGCAAUUGGUUCAGCCGAUCGCCAACGGCGCCUUCGUCCUCAGCAUCGACACCGAUUUCGACGGCUGUAUGAAGCUGAUCCGAGAGGUCACGUCGGAGCUGCCGAUUUACCUGGCCAACUCGCUGAACAGCUUGCGACUCGAGGGUCAAAAAACCGCGGCGAUCGAGAUUUUGCAGCAAUUCGAUUGGGAAGUUCCGGAUUGGGUGAUCGUACCCGGUGGCAAUCUCGGUAAUAUCUACGCUUUCUACAAAGGCUUCAAAAUGUGCGAGGAAUUAGGGCUCGUCGAUCGAAUUCCUCGCCUCGUGUGCGCCCAAUCGGCGAACGCCAAUCCUCUCUACUUGUACUACAAGUCAGGGUGGAAGAAUUUCAAGCCUGUAACCGCGAAUUCAACGUUUGCAAGUGCGAUACAGAUCGGAGACCCGGUUUCGAUCGAGAGAGCAGUGUACGCGCUCCAGAAUUCGGAUGGGAUCGUGGAGGAGGCCACGGAGGAGGAGCUGAUGGACGCGAUGGCGCAGGCCGAUUCGACCGGGAUGUUCAUCUGCCCUCAUACUGGUGUGGCAUUGACGGCUCUGAUUAAGCUGAGGAAGAGUGGCGUGAUUGGGGCUAAUGAUAGGACUGUGGUGGUUAGCACUGCUCAUGGCUUGAAGUUUACGCAAUCGAAGGUCGAUUACCAUUCUAAGGCCAUCGACGGUAUGCAAUGCCGGUUCGCGAACCCGCCCGUGCAAGUGAAGCAUGAUUUUGGAGCGGUUAUGGACUUGCUGCAGCAGUAUUUGAAGAAAGGUCCCAAAGUAUGAGAGUGAGCGAGCAUUAAAACGUUUCAGGUGAAACAAAUAUAGCCUGAAUUGCAGAGGAAAGCAGCAACUUUUGCAGUAAAGAAGCAGGCAAAGUUUUUCUUGUUUCUAUUUUUGGAAAAGGUUUAUACCUAAAUUUUGACUUGUGAAACCCCAAGAAUAUUUGUCCAAAUAAAUUCCGUACUGUGAGUCUGACUUCGAAGAUGUGUUCACUCAAAGUUAUUUUUC